AUGCACGAGAUCGUCACCGUCUCAGUGUCUCACAGGGCGAACCACUUGACGACACAGUUCUUCAAUGGGCAAGAGCAGGCGCUGUACGCUGAGGACCCGCUCCGGCAGGUCGAUAAAGAAGUGGUGCUCAACGGGAGUGUCGACCGGAUCGCGCGGACUGUGUCCUACACGCCGCGAGCACUGUUGUGGGAGGCCUUGAACGGGUUUGGAGCGCUCGGGACGCAUCAGUACGAUGCUGACCCAGUGGAUUACUUUGAUGAACAAGGUGGAGCACGCCUCACGGCGGGCCAAUUGGUCCAGACGAGGGAGAGGUUGCCACGGUCGAAGUACCAGCUGGCAUUGGAUGCCGGUGAGGAGCUGCCGCGGCUCAGCAGAUCGGACACGAGGUACUGGUCAGACUACAACAAGAUGAUAUACGCGCCGCUGAGCUUCAAUUCUUUGAAGAACUGGUCCCACGACGUCGAAGAACCGAACAUACCGUGCUUCCAUAACUUGAAACAACGGAGAUUCGACCUCUUCGAGCAAGGCAGAGAGGAGUUUGGCCUCGUGGGGGGCGAUUUCCUCGACGACGGGUUCCGGUUGAUGCUGGAGCAGUGCAACACGUUGCAAGGUGUCAACCUCAUCACCGAUCUGGAUAGUGGAUGGGGUGGGUUUUCGGCAGAACUUCUGGAACACAUCAGGGAUGACUUGCCCAAAUCGACCAUCUUCUCCUGGGGGUUCAAUGAACCGGAUGCGUUCACGGAUGGUACCAAGAGAGGCGGUGUCGCCAAUAAAUUGAGAAGUACACUAGCGUUAAGAGGUGAGGCGGACUUGUUCUUCCCCUUGUACGCUGACGUCAACCACUUUUCUAACUGGGAGAUUGGGGGAAUGCAUUGUCGGUUGUUAGAUACCGUUGUAUCGCUGUCCUCCCAGCAGAACAGGGAAAAUAAGAGGUACAUGACACAUCUGGUCAACGCUUUAACGGACGGCGACAGAUCAAGAAAUAUCGUAUCGACCAUGAACGACACGGAGAAUGACUACUCUUACCAUACAAGGGUAAGACCCUUCGACAAAGCAUCCUGCGCAGAAAGAGAAUACCAUGAAUUCUCAUACUGCUCCAUCAGCAGAAGCCCAGCACAAGAGGACCAAUCCUCGGAGCCUGAAAAUAAGUAUAGAGGUGUUCGCGAGUUAAGGACGUUUGAGUACAGCCCGUCGGACACAAUCCCCGAACAGUUCAACUCAGAUUUAACGAGCACAGUAAAACUUGCAGUCACGGAAAAGUCAAGAGACCUGUUUAAGCACUGGUACGACUACACGAGUAGGUACAUCAAGUUCAACGACGACCGCGAAGAACUGAAAGACGAUACCAUGUCUCUUGCAGCAGCAUACGAACACGGUUGGUUCGAUGAUGGAGACUCCGGCGACGAUGAUGCAUAA